AUGCAUGCAGAACUGUUGCCAAAUAUUCGCCAGUUGACGCUCUAUGUCUCAUCGCCGAACUCGCCAGAAUCAGCGUCGUCUAGCGAGCAUGCGACAUCCGAUAUUUCUCUUUCUGAGUCGCGACGGGCGGUGACAGUAUAUUUUACCCACGGAGAGGUCGAAGUGACGGAGACACUGAAGCUUCCUGCGCGAGUUAGUGAGGCGUCGCGAAGAAGUCUGCACUUCGCGGGACACCGCGUCGGCGUCAAAGACAACGUCAACGCUGCUGAUAGAAGGCGAAGGGAGUUCUCGUUCCGACUACCGAUAGACAAGGAUGAGGGAGUUGACACGGCCACAACUGAUGGCCUUCAAGAUGACGAUUUCAUUCCGUGGACGGCGGAGGAUAUGUCUACAUGCACGUCCCUACACUGUCGGUUCUGCACUCGCGUCAUUUUGGAUGGAGCUAAAACCCAGAAUGGCAGCGGAGAUACUGCCCGGAGCGGCUGGACGUGGAAAGAUCUUCCCAGCGGGAACUGGGCGGAGAUGAUGGACUUUUGGCAUUGCCACAAACCAGAUCCGCAUGAGCAUGAGAAUGAACGUGAGCGCGAGCAACAUAAAACCGUCGAGAAUCGAAACGCCUCAAUAAAAGGUUACGGAGCAGCCAGCCAGGUUGUGGCCACACCAGGAACGAUCCUCGUCGAUGUGGCGUCGUUCUUGGUCGCGGAGGUGGACUGCCAGGGCUUGAAGUUCUUCCUUGAAAGUUUUCCUCCCGGUGGCGACUUGCCACCACCACCCUCCCCCUCCUAUUACAUAGCGCCUACCGUAGACACGACCGUUCUGUGCAAAUGUGCAACCACUUCGGGCAAGAAGAAGGAGGCCUCUUCGCUCACAUCUGAGCCCAUGAUCUGGCCUUCGAUACUAUUGCCCAAGAUUGAGAAUCAGGGACAGAAAAGCCUCGUCUUCUCCCUCCCUUCCUCGAGGCAGGCAACAGUUUCAUUUCUGCAGGGAAGACGUGUUGGCUGGCAGCAAGUGACCGCCCCAACUUCCUCUGGACUGUCUUCCUCCACCAGAGUAAAUGUAGAAUGUGAAGGCUGCGGUGCCAUCCUGGGCAUGGAAGACCGUGUAGCUGCUGGAUGGAGGCUUUACAAAGCUAAUAUAUGUGCGAAGCGACCGACGGUUGAGGAUCAUAAACAGUUGGCCCCAGAAGAAAAGAGGGAUGACGAGAGUGAAAGCCCUUCGUUGGAGUAUCAUCCGACAGAGACGAUAGUAAGCGCGCAACUGCUCGAGCUGAUCCAGCGGGAAGGGGUGAGGAGAUUUGUCAUUCACGCCGGAGGGAAAAGUGGUAUGCUGCUCUGGGUCUUCAACCCCGACCUCCGGUACUCGAGUUGCAGCGUCGACCAUAGCGUCAUGGCCAGACGGGCGCUGAAGGUCUUCUAUCAAGAUGUCUCGAAUGUGGAAGGGCUUCUUGAGCCGGAGAAAGGCCGCCCAGCACCGAUCUCCCUGGAAGAGCUGUUUUUGCCCAUGAGCAUCUUCACUGAGGUUGUCGAGUCGUUGCGACGGAGCAACGCAUCUCCGUUUGCAGGUGCGACGCAGCACGACUCCUUCCUUUCGGGGACCAACAGAACACAUCUCGACCAUGCACGCUUCUACAUGGUCGACACGCAAGGACUUCCCUCCUGCAAUGCUGCAUUCAUGGUUCGCACGUGUCAAACUGUUCAGUCAUCAAAUUUCCACGCUCGCGUUGUCCAACGUAUAUAUCUUCUGCUCUCGUCCAACAAUCGAAUCGCAGAUUCCAUCAGCGACGACUGCCAUUCCAUUGCAGGUACUGACUCUCACACCAAGUCCAAGGUCUGGAAAAGUAUUCCUUUCACUCUUUAUCCAAUCAAGCCUGACAAUCAUCCCAAUGAAAACGUGCAAAUUGGAUCUGUCCCGCUCGCUGACGGUGAAGUGAUCACUUGGGAACAUCUGGAGGAUCUAGCACUCUUGCCGGCAAAUGGAGACGAUCCAGGGUCAUUGACACCAAGAGAGAGGGCACACGAUUCUGCAAGAACCUGUGGCGACGAACAGAAGAUGGACACGAACUCGGAGGACGGCGAGUCACAGUCGCACCGUGCUGAAGAUGUGCGCACUCAGAUCAUGUCGGAGAAUAUCACUCGUCUCAAGAUUCCAACAGGUUCUGCAGUUCUUCCUGCCUUGUUCGUCUCACAGGCAUCGUCGGACAGGCUUAUCAUGAUGCAACAUCAUUCUAGCAGCAACACCUGGGCUAAUGCGGCGGAUGUGCCAACUCGACCGACCAGCUCGAGUUCACAGGAGUUGCCACCCCUGACGCGCUGUCCCCAGUCGACAUUUGCAAACUUUCCUUCAGUUGCGUACAACUAUGACGGUUCUCCUGUGGAAGAUGCCCCAAUGUCAGACGAUACUCAUUUCCCUGUUUCAGGUGACUUGACACCAGCAAGACGGAUGGACACUUUGCGUGCAGACCCUGCCAGAAAUAAAAAUGACAAGAAGGACGAUAGUUUGGACAAGAAUCGGUUCCUACAGUUCAGCUGUGACAAGCGUUCGUAA